CCGAGGCCAAAACCGCGUGUCUGGCUAUUCCCGGCUGCCGUUGCCAGCUUGGCCCUUCCCGCUCCGGGAACCUUUAGGCUACAGCCUGUCUGUCAAGAUUACAACACCUGUCUUGGGAAAGCGGGGUCCAAUGGGAGCAAGGAUGCUCAGGAUGUCCAGCUGUCUGCUAAAACUGACCAGAGUGAUGCUGAACCACAGGCUUGGGGCCCUGUUUAUCAUCGCCUUUAAGUUCUUGUCCUUUGCCUCCAUCCUGUUGUAUUGGAGAAUCACAGAGGACCCGAAGGGCAGAGGCCAGGUCUACAGCUUGCCUGUUGAGAUCCACUGUGCUCACUCUGUGCCGUCUCCUCCCCGUGCUGCUGCUGGUGGGCCCCCUCCUCCCCCAGGAGACGUGUUUUUUGUGGAGACCUCAGAGCGAACCAACCCAAAUUACCUGUUCAUGUGCUCUGUGGAAUCAGCAGCCCGGACACACCCUGGGACGAGGGUUGUGGUGCUCAUGAAAGGCUUGGCAAACAGAAAUGCCUCACUACCCAACCACUGGGGCUUCUCGUUACUGAGCUGCUUCCCCAAUGUGGAAAUUCGGCCCCUGGACUUGCAGGAGCUUUUCUCUGGGACACCCCUUGCAGAAUGGUAUUUGGAGGCUCAGCAGCGCUGGGAGCCUUAUUUCUUACCCAUCCUGUCUGAUGCCUGCAGAAUUGCCAUCAUGUGGAAAUUUGGUGGCAUCUACCUGGACACAGACUUCAUUGUGCUUAAGAACUUAAAGAACCUCACCAAUGUGCUUGGUACCCAGUCCAAGUAUGUGCUAAAUGGAGCCUUCUUGUCCUUUAAGCCCAAGCACAAGUUCAUGGAGCUUUGCAUGCAGGACUUUGUGGAGAACUACAACAGCUGGAUCUGGGGUCAUCAGGGUCCACAGCUCCUAACCCGUGUCUUCAAGAAGUGGUGCUCCAUCAGGAGUCUUAGGAGCAGCAGGAGCUGCAAAGGGGUGAGUGCUCUGCCCCGGGAGGCUUUUUAUCCCAUCCGAUGGCAGGACUGGAAGAAGUACUUCGAAGUGGUCAGCUCCUCAGAGCUUCAUCACCUCUUCAAGAACACCUAUGCAGUGCAUGUAUGGAACAAGAAGAGCCAAGGGACAAGGCUAGAGAUCACAUCCAAGGCUUUGCUGGCUCAGCUACAUUCUCAUUUCUGCCCUGCCACAUACGAUAUCAUGAAGAAGGAUGCUGGACAGCCGUGACUCAAGGAUCAGCUAAGGGCCAUCAUCUUGGAGCCCCAAACCUCCAGCUGUUCCAGCACAAAUGAACCUUCUUGUGAAGAGAGGCAAUGGGAAUUGAGAAUAAAAGCCAUUUGCAUGGGGCAAAGGUGGAGCCCAUAGUUUCAACCAACAUAUGUGCCGCUCUUUGUCUUGACUUUAACUGCGUGGUGGCAACAUUUUGUUUCUGCGCAGGACCUUUCUGCUGCUCUGCUUGCUCAGAUAAAAAGGUUUCAAGAGGGUAGUGAGGCCUGUGCCACUUGUGGCAGUCUCCAUCAGCCCCUUUCUGUAGCUGUUAAACCUGGAAGGAGCCUUUGCAGAAAUGCUCAUCUCAGCCUUCGUCACUGUUAGCUUUCAGGACUUCUCAAGUGCAGUCCUCAAAGCAGUAAAGCGGUGGGAGAGAAGAGAACAGGUGCUAAAGAGGGAGUUAAAGGUGUGCUGGAGAAGAUGGUCUGAGAAAAAUGAGUGAGAAGAUGGAGAAGAAUGAAAGGGGAAGUGGCUUCAGUUCCCUUCCCUGAAGACUGUUUCGUGGAGGGGAAUUCCUCAUGCCCUGUUUGAGCAGGGUGCAGGAUGCCAGAGCCUCUGCUUAGUGUUGUAGCUGUAAAGACCUGCUUGGGAAUUUGAAAUGUAUCAGAACUUGAGGAUUGGCCAGCUCAUCAGUUUGCAGGAGCUUAUGGACAGCAGUGUUUUAUUUGGUAGUGGUAGUGAAUUAACAAUCUGCAGUGGGCAGGAGAGCUCGUCCAAAUCGCACCUCAAAUUGCACCCAACACAGAGUUGAACUCUGUUUUACACUGACUUUGUCUGUAUAACCAAAUGCCCAUAACUAUGUCUAAGCUGCACCAGAACUUUCAGCACUUGGACUGAUCCCAGAGGGAUGAGAUGAGAAUACUUCCAAGUAUCUGCAAGGAUACCAAAAGCUUGGUAGAGAACCUGUACUAUCUAAAUUCAAGUUCAGGAGCUGAGUUGUUUAUGGAGGACCUUUUCAAGUAGCCUGGAACACUCCUGCAAUUCACUGUCCAGGAGUACAAAUCUCUCCUGGAAGUUCUUGAGAAAUGCAGUGGAAAGCUUUAUUCUUUUUCCUCAACUAUAUUCCUGAACUAUGAUGGAGAAAGUUAACUCAUCUCUCUUAGGGUCCUCUUGUGCCUUUGGGGGUUCCCUCUGCAAAGGCGAGUUUGUUGGACAAACCGUGGGAGAAACUCUCUCCCUUCCUUUGGUGCCCAAAGGGAUGUAUUGAUGCUCUUACAGUUCUUUGUUUGAAAAUGAUGAAGAAAGAGCAGUGAGAAGUGAGAGUAAGGCCAACAUUGUACCCCUCCUUGAUCUAAGGGGGAUCACUGGGGAACAUGAGCUUGGCACUGUGAUGGGGUUGACAUGGAUGAGCAGAGCAUAAGCCAUCCCCUCUCCUACACUACUCAGAAAUGAUAAUCUCACUGUAAAAUCUUUUCUGCCUUUACUGUAUGAGUCUUUGCACUCCUAGGAACAGCAGUUGGAUGGUCCAAUUGCCUCUUUGAUGACCAGGCAUUGGUCAGAUCUCCAGUGUCAUCUGAUUCUGAAGCGAGAGCUCUUUCAGUGGUGCUUCCUGCAAGUCCUCCAAGUGUAACAGAUUAUUUCUAGGACUGCAGUUCUCUCAGGCUUGUUUCCCUCUCUGUUCUGCUUCCCAUCAAAUAUAAGCAAUGGGAGUUUUGCUCAGCUUAGUCAAGCCAACGUGCAAAAAAGUAGACAACAGUGCAUGCAAAGACAGAAUUUCUCUAUGUAUCUCAGGUUUAUUUGCCUCUUCUUAGAUGACAAAAAUGAGAAAGCCAGAUCAUCUGUCCCUUUUAGAAAACAGUUCCCUUUCUCCCAGGGGACAGGGCUGUGGGUGCUUAGGAGAGCUUGCACCUUUUGGAUUUUUUUUGUAAAUUAAGCUAUCUGGUGUUGGCUGAAGGCCAAUGCUGCUUUGAUUGAAAGUUAUCCACCUGUAAGUUGUGCAGGGCAUGCACUCGGGGCACAAGCAGCUACCCUGGAAUGGGGAAGGUGCUGGAAACCACUCUUCCUCCUGCCCCCACUCACCUGCACCACAUACAUGCACAUAUGUAGUGCUUCCUCUUAGUUCUGCCUCGCUUUAUGCGUCAUCCUGGAGAUAUAUGGGAUCUUGAACAUCUGCAGCUCUCCCAAAACUGAGUGUCUUUAAGAACCAAGACUUUGUGGGGAAACUGCAAAUCUUCCUGACCAUCUAAGUGUGCUUCACCACAUCAAGUGGUAAAAAUGGAUCCUAUUUUCACUGUCUGUUUUGCUGCUGGUACUCUGCUUUUUUGACUGCUUUCUUUAGAAGCAGCUGCAAAACUGUCAGCCAUGAUCCAGUGUGUAGUCAAUAGGAGAUGGUAUACCUUACUGCUGGUUCCUUCUGUUUUGGGACUUACGCUGGCUAAACAACAGAAAUUUUGGCAAGCCAGGAACCCCUACCAAGGACAGUAAAGUAAAGGUUGCUGAUUGUAAAGGCAUAAUAACAGGAAACUUUACUUUGGCAAUACCAUAAACUGAUUACAGAAGUGUUUGGCAAUGAAUAUCUGGCUUGAUAUACACUACUUAUUCUAAGAAAGUGCCUUUUUGCAUAUGUGUAGUGGUUUCUUUUUGUUUUCGUUUAUUUGUUUUUCCUGAAGAGUUAAUGCUCAGAGGUUUGACAAGGAGAGGAUUGAACCAAAGCAGCCUGUGGCCUUUUUCCCUUUGCCUUGUGAGAGAAAAAUAAACGCUGUUUUUACUAUUU